AUGCUACCAUCCAUGCACAUGCAGUAUACAUCUAUCUUCAUUGUCACCCCAGAGGCUAAGAGGGCAGAAAAAAAAAACUAUCCGGUCUCGCGGAAUCGAACCGCGGACUUUCUGAUGACAUAUAAGCAAUUACAGUCAGAUGCGAUAACCAACUACACCAAGACCGGAUUUGAUAAUGAUUUGCUGGAUCUUUGA